CAUAUUUUAUCUAAAAUCAUCGAUUGUAUUAAGUUUUGUGGUGCUUUUGAGCUAGCAAUGCGGGGACAUGAUGAAAGUGAUUCCUCAGACAAUCCAGGGAUUUUUAGAGGUUUAGUCGACUUGAUGGCAUCAAUUGAUCACGACUUGAGGCAACACCUUGAAAAUGCUACUGUAUUUAAAGGCACCUCGAAAACAGUCCAGAACGAGAUCCUGGAUUGCAUGUUGGCAGUUCUGAGAGAAAGGAUCGUGGAAGAAGUAAAGGCAGCGAAGUUUUUAGCCAUUCAAGCUGAUGAAACCACUGACAUUUCUACACACUGUCAGUUAGUCAUGGUGCUAAGAUACAUUGACCAACGAAACCGUAUUCAAGAGCGUUUUUUUGAAUUCAUCAAGCUACCCAAUGCUUGUGCAGAUGCAAUAGCCAGUGCCUUAUCGGAGAGGCUGCGCUUCAUCCUCCCCCAGGGACAAGAGAGAAAGUUGAUCGCCCAGGCCUACGAUGGGGCCGCUGUAAUGAGGGGUACCACUGGAGGAGUGCAGCGUAAGAUACAGGACAUUUAUGCUAACGCUCACUACGUACAUUGUUAUGCCCAUCAGUUAAACCUGGUAAUGCAACAAGCAACCUCCCACAUCCCUCAAAUCAGUCACUUUUUUUCCGACAUAGCAGGAUUCGCUUCUUUUUUUACUAAAUCGAGCAAGAGGACUGCAGUGCUUGACGAGGUGGUGGCGCACCGACUUCCAAGUGCAUCGGCAACCCGUUGGAACUUCAACAGUCGUGCUGUGAAUACAGUGUAUGAACAUAAAGACGAUCUGGUGAGGUGUUUUCAGACCAUCCGUAACAGUGAAGGAUUUGAUGCCCCUACAAAGAGAGAUGCCGGUGGUUUCGUGAGAAUGCUGGAAGACGAAGCUUUCUGUUUUUUCCUGGCCUUGUUUCACAAGAUAAUGCCACAUGUAGACAUGCUGUAUAACCACCUACAGAAGAGAAACAUCGAUUCUGUCACCAUCGCAGGGAUCACCCAGACAUUCAUCAGCCGCAUGCAGGCUAUCAGGGAGGCACUUCCUAAUCUGGUUGUGGAUGAGGAGUACAGGGGACCUGUUCAAGACCCACCCACAAAGAGACGGAGAACAUUGGGGGAAGACAGGCAACACCAUUUGGCACUGGAGGUGUGCGACACCAUUAUGAGCCAUGCCAAGGAGAGGUUUUCUUUCACCAAGCACCUUGUCAGCGCCACUCUGUUGCAAGGAGACUUGUUCCAACAACACAGCAAAAAUUUUCCAGAUGCAGCACUACAAACCACAGUGGAAGCCUAUCCUCAUUGGACAAAGCCAGACUUAAAACAGAACUGUCCCUGA